GGCCUAUAAAUAUAUAAUUGUAAAUCAGUACCAAAAGGCAAUUGAAGGUAAAUGAAGCAAACUCCUGUAAUGAGAACUCCCCACCGACGGGGGCAGUAGAGUCACACUAACGCGAUCGUAGCGUAGAAGAAGACCGAUCUCUUCAGUGUUGACGCUGAUGGGGAAACUUUGAUUAGCCACAAACUUUUGACAUGACAUUCUGCAUUUAACGUAUUGAAAUAUCAGCUAAGAGGAAAGAGGGCGGGAUAUGAAAUGCGCUAAAAUAUUGUAAGAAAGGUUCGCCUAGGUGUUUUUGUAACUGCGCAGGUUAGCUUGACGUUAGCUGGCGCUGCUGUCCUUGUGUUUUCCCGUUAAAGUGCCUCCUCUCCGGGAACACAUGAGUGUGUCGCUCGUCGUCGUUCGUCUGGAAAUAGCUGACCAGUCUCCUCCUCCACGGGGCUUCCAGUACUGCGCCGUUGAAGGUAUGUCCGAGGAGCAGCUGCAGGAGAAAGCUCUGGGUUUAGCCAAACUUAGCCUGAAUGGGAAGUCGGAGCUGGAGAGAGCCGCGGUCCUGCACCAGCACAUCGGCAGCAGAGCCAUGGGGGACAUGGUCAUCGAGACCUUCGAGGCCGCCCAAGGAGGCGAUGUUGAGGCGGACGGCUCGGCUCGGGACGCCCACACGGAACCGGAGAGUCUGGGAGGAGCAGAACCGUCGCCUGUGGACAGCGCCGCCAAAGGAACGGCUCCGGACUCGCCCUCCAAGCAGCUCCCAGAUCAGAUCUCCUUCUUCAGCGGAAACCCCUCGGUGGAGAUCGUCCACGGGAUCAUGCACCUCUACAAAACCAAUAAAAUGACGUCCCUGACCGAAGACGUCCGCCGCAGUGCCAUGGUUUGCAUCCUGACCGUCCCGGCGACCAUGACCAGCCACGACCUCAUGCAGCUCAUGGCGCCGUUCAACGAGGUCAUGGAGCACAUGAAGAUCAUCCGCGACUCCACGCCCAACCAGUACAUGGUUCUGAUCAAGUUCUGCUCCCAGGCAGACGCUGACAGCUUCUACACCACCUGUAACGGGCGGCAGUUCAACUCCAUCGAGGAGGCCGUCUGCCAGGUGGUUUACGUGGAGCGAGCCGAGGUCAUCAAGUCUCAGGAGGGGGCCAGUCUGCCGGUGAUGGAGCUCACCGAGCUGCCCAAGUGCACCGUGUGCCUGGAGAGGAUGGAUGAGUCGGUGAACGGCGUCCUCACCACUCUGUGCAACCACAGCUUCCACAGCCAGUGCCUGCAGCGGUGGGAAGACGCCUCGUGUCCCGUGUGCCGCUACUGUCAGACCCCAGAGCCGGUGGAGGAGAACAAGUGCUUCGAGUGCGGAGUUCAGGAGAACCUGUGGAUCUGUUUGAUCUGCGGCCACAUCGGCUGCGGUCGCUACGUGAGCCGGCACGCCUACAAGCACUUUGAAGAAACGCAGCACACGUACGCCAUGCAGCUCACCAACCACCGCGUGUGGGACUAUGCCGGAGAUAACUACGUCCACCGGCUCGUGGCGAGCAAGACCGACGGGAAGAUGGUGCAGUUUGAAUGUGAAGGAGACACCUGCCAGGAGGAGAAGGUCGAUGGGCUCCAGCUGGAGUUCUCCUACCUGCUGACCAGCCAGCUGGAGUCCCAGAGGAUCUACUGGGAGAACAAGAUCGUUCACCUGGAGAAGGAGACAGCAGAGGAGAUCAACAACAUGAAGGCCAAGUUCAAGGAGACGCUGGAGCGCUGCGACAACCUGGAGCAGAGACUGGGAGAAAUAUCCAAGGAGAGGCAGAGUUUGGAGAAGAAACGCUGUUUUGUGGAAACCCGCUCACGGCUGUGGCGUUUGAACCUCCAGGUCCACUCAGCUGAGCGGCCGGGUGCUGAAGCUGAGCCAGGAGCUGAAGGAGGAGCAGGAGAUGAACCGCUGCCUGAGAGCCAACCAGGCGCAGCUGCAGGCCCAGCUGGCCGAGGAGGAGCGCAAAGCCAAGGAGAGCGGGGAACGUAAAGACGCCGUCAUCGCGGAGCUGCAGGAGCAGCUCAGAGACGUCAUGUUCUAUCUGGAGACGCAGCAGAAGAUCGAGCAGCUGUCGUCCGAGGCUCGCAGCGAGAUCCAGGACGGACAGAUCGACAUCCCCGCCGGCCCCGCGGACUCGGCCGCCGCAGGCCCCUCCUCCGGCCGGGGCCGCAGAGGCCGGGGCCGGAAGAGGAAGUAGCGUGGAGGGAGCUCCGUCCUGCGUGGACGUGCGGGACACUGUGGCCGUCUGUUAGUGUGGACGUCCGAUUGCACGUCAAUAAUGCAGAAAGACGUCUGCAUUAUUGUCACAAAACGUUCAAGAUGCAACGGAGCCUCUUUACCGGACAUGGCGGCGUCUUCCAGCAGUGAUUUGAUCUUCAAGACAGCAGGGAAUGUAAAUAAAAGUUAUUUAUUGACACCAUCCUGUUGGACAUUUAUCCACGUUUGGUUCAAAGUUAAACGUUUUCUUUUGUACAGGAUGAAAGUUUCCUUUGAAAGACGGUCGUCUUCGGUGUUUUAUUAAAACUUUUCAGACCAA